UGCCUAUAUGCAUUGCUGGCUUUCAGGCCAACGCUUUGUUCGUUUUCUUUUAUAAGGCUUUUUGUCUGCUGAGAAAGACCAGAGCGUGAAAAAAAGGAAAGAGCUUUGGUUCGUUUAAUCACACUGAUUGAGAGCUCCUUAUUCAAUUAUCUCUUCCCUUCUUCGUCUUCCAACUUCUUUAUUACCCACAAUCGAAUCCGAAAAGAGAGUGUGACCCAUAUACAAAAACCCUAUUACCCACUGUUUGAUUUCAUGGAUCUAUGGAUCUAACGGUUUUAUACCCGUAUGUAUUGCUUAGUUUCUUUUAGAUCCCCUUCGUUUUCGUUUGGUGUUAUUCGGUGGGUGACCGGAACUGAUUGAGUUUCCUAAUUAUACUUUUUUGUUAUUGGAUAGUUGAAAGUUACUGAAUUUGAGUGUGUGGGCAAAUAAUUGUAUGGUUGGAGCGUGGAAUGGGGAGGUAGAGAUUGACCAUUACCCUUCGCCGCAACUCUUUCUGUGCUUAUCUCGGUCUGCACUCAAGGAGGUUGUUGGGGUCUUGGUUGCAGUGGGCGUUAUUGCAUCCAUUCUGGAUGUGGAGGUCUUGGAAGCUGGCCCCGGUGAAAUGAGGGAUGUUAUCAAGGUUGAUGAACUACCUGAGGGCCUGCUGGCGGCCGUCCUCGGACCGUUAUGCCCACACAGACUCAGAGGCAGCAGGCCGACAAGAUGGCUUACUUUGGUACAAAGAUACUGGUCAGCACAUGAGUGGUGAAUUCUCGAUGGCAGUUAUCCAGGCCAACAAUUUGCUUGAGGAUCAGAGCCAGAUUGAGUCUGGUCCCUUGAGCUUGCUUGAGUCUGGCCCAUGUGGCACUUUUAUUGGAAUAUAUGAUGGUCAUGGCGGGCCUGAGACAUCACGUUUCAUUAAUGAUCAUCUAUUCCAGCAUCUAAAGACAGGGUUCACCUCAGAGCAACAAUCCAUGUCAGUCGAUGUGAUACGAAAAGCUUAUCAAGCAACAGAAGAGGGAUUUCUGUCUCUUGUUACCAAACAGUGGCCUAUGAAACCCCAAAUUGCAGCUGUUGGGUCUUGCUGCCUGGUUGGUGUAAUAUGCGGUGGCACCCUCUACAUUGCCAACGUUGGUGAUUCACGUGCAGUGCUGGGGAGGCUUGUCAAGUCAACUGGGGAGGUCCUUGCCAUCCAGCUGUCAUCAGAGCAUAACGUGGCAAUUGAAUCUGUGAGAAAGGAGAUGUUCUCUGCCCACCCAGAUGACUCAAAAAUUGUGGUUUUAAAGCAUAAUGUUUGGCGUGUUAAGGGCUUGAUACAGGUAUCUAGAUCUAUUGGUGAUGUCUACCUGAAAAAGGCUGAAUUUAAUAGGGAGCCUUUGUAUGCUAAGUUUCGCCUUCGUGAACCUUUUAAGAGGCCAAUUUUAAACUCUGAACCAUCAAUUUCUGUGCAUGAACUUCAAUCUCACGAUCAGUUUCUUAUCUUUGCUUCUGAUGGGCUGUGGGAGCACCUUAGCAACCAGGAUGCAGUUGAUAUUGUUCAGAACCACCCACACAGUGGAUGUGCCCGGAGGCUUGUGAAAGCUGCCUUGCAGGAAGCAGCUAAGAAAAGAGAAAUGCGGUACUCAGAUCUGAAGAAAAUUGACCGAGGUGUCCGGCGACAUUUCCACGAUGACAUCACAGUCAUAGUUGUUUUUCUUGAUUCAAAUCUUGUGAGCCGAUCGAGUUCGGCAAAAGGCCCUACUUUGUCCGUGAGAGGAGGUGGUGUUAAUCUACCUGCAAAAACUCUAGUCCCCUGUGCCACACCCACGGAAGCUAACACUACCUAAUGUCCACACCUUUGAAUUAUUGUACCUAGUGCUGGAUACCUCUUAGCAUCUGGGUGCCCAUCAGUUUAUAUAUCAGAGAGGGAUAAGAGAAGCUCCUGCCAUUUGUUUCUUUCUCGUCUUUUUUUUUUUUCUUUUUUUUUCUUUUUUCUGCUGUACAAUGUAACAUUUUACUUGGGACGUAUUUUAUUUAGUUUCUGAGGACUUGGGCAAGGAAAGAAUCAGGGAAACCGAGCUUCAAAGUUGACAUUGAUGAUUCUUUCUCUAGGACGAUCUCCUUAUGAAUUCAUUUUUCUCUUCACACUCUUUCCCCCACACAUUUAGAGUUUUGUAUUUUGUAAAAUAUCUGAAACGUCUUGCUUUGAAAUCAAAGGUUUCAGUUUCUGUUGUUUCA